UCUCUGGAGGAGUGGCAAUGCCUGAAUACUGCUGAGCAGAAUUUAUAUAGAAAUGUGAUGUUAGAGAACUACAGAAACCUGGCCUUUCUCGGUAUUGCUGUCUCUAAGCCAGACCUGAUCACUUUUCUGGAGCAAGGAAAAGAGCCCUGGAAUAUGAAGAGACAUGAGAUGGCGGAAGAACCCCCAGUUGUGUGUUCUCAUUUUGCCCAAGACCUAUGGCCAGAGCAGGGCAUAAAAGAUUCUUUCCAAAAAGUAAUACUGAAAAGAUAUGGAAAAUAUGGACAUGACAAUUUACAAUUAAGGAAAGGCUGUGAAAGUGUGGAUGAGUGUAAGAUGCGCCAACGAGGUUAUGAUGAACUUAACCAAUGUUUGACAAUAACCCCGAGCAAAAUAUUUCAGCAAAAUAUUAUCAAAAUAAUUGAUAAUUAUGUGAAAGUCUUUCAUAAAUUUUCAAGUUCAAAUAACCAUAAGAUAAGACAUACUGGAAAUAAUUCUUUCAAAUGUAAAGAAUGUGGCAAAUUAUUUAGCAUGCUUUCACACCUAACUCAACAUGAAAGACAUCAUACUAGUGUGAAUUGUUACAAAUGUGAAGAAUGUGGCAAAGCCUGCAUCUGGUCCUCAGCCCUUAUUCGACAUAAGAGAAUUCAUACUGGAGAGAAACCCUACAAAUGUGAAGAAUGUGGCAAAACCUUUACUGUGUCCUCAAGCCUUAUUCAACAUAAGAGAAUUCAUACUGGAGAGAAACCCUACAAAUGUAAACAAUGUGGCAACGCCUUUACCGGGUCCUCAUACUUUGCUACACAUAAGAGACUUCAUACUGGAGAGAAACCCUACAAAUGUGAAGAAUGUGGCAAAGCCUUCAGCCAGUCCUCACACGUUACUAGACAUAAGGUAAUUCACACUGGAGGGAAACCCUACAAAUGUGAAGAAUGUGGCAAAGCUUUCUACCGGUCCUCAACCCUUACGGAACAUAAGAGAAUUCAUACUGGAGAGAAACCCUACAAAUGUGAAGAAUGUGGCAAAGCCUAUGGUAACUUCUCAACCCUUACUAAACAUAAGGUAAUUCAUACUGGAGAGAAACCCUACAAAUGUGAAGAAUAAUGUGGCAAAGCUUUCUCCGGGUCCUCAAACCUUAUUGAACAUAAGAGAAUUCAUACUGGAGAGAAACCCUACAAAUGUGAAGAAUGUGGCAAAGCUUUCUACUGGUCCUCAAACCUUAUGGAACAUAAGAGAAUUCAUACUGGAGAGAAACCCUACAAAUGUGAAGAAUGUGGCAAAGCCUUUAACCAAUCCUCAGCUCUUAAGAGACAUAAGAUAAUUCAUACUGGAAGGAAACCCUACAAAUAUGAAGAAUGUGGCAAAGCUUUUAACUAGUAUUCAACCCUUAGUAAACAUAAGAUAAUUCAUACUAGAGAAAAACCCUACAAAUGUGAAGAAUGUGGCAAAGACUUUAACAAAGCAUCUUCCCAGGUCACUGUACAUAAGAUAAGACAUACUGAAAAGAAAACUUGCAAAUGUAAAGAAUGUGGUAAAUCAUUUUGCAUGCUUUCACAACUAACUCAACAUAAGAGAAUUCAUACUAGAGAGAAUUCCCACAAAUGUGAAGAAUGUGGCAAAGCCUUUAACAAGUCCUCAGCCCUUACUAAACAUAAGAUAAUUCAUACUGGAGAGAAGCCCUACAAAUGUGAAGAGUGUGGCAAUGCUUUUAACCGGUCCUCAGCCCUUUCUCGACAUAAGAGGAUUCAUACUGGAGAGAAACCCCACAAAUGUGAAGAGUGUGGCAAAGCCUUUAACAGGUUUUCACACCUUACUCGACAUAAGAUAAUUCAUACUAGAGAAAAACCCUACAAAUGUGAAGAAUGUGGCAAAGCCUUUAACUGGUCUUCACACCUUACUGAACAUAAGAGAAUUCAUACUAGAGAGAAGCCCUACAAAUGUGAUGAAUGUUGCAAAGCCUUUAACUGGUCUUCAGCUCUUACUACCCUUACUCAACAUAAGAUAAUUCAUACUAGAGAGAAACCCUACAAAUGUGAAGAGUGUGGCCAAGCCUUUAACCGGUCCUCAGCCCUUACUGGACAUAAGAUGAGUCAUACUGGAGAGAAACCCUACAAACAUGAAGAGUGUGGAAAAGCUUUUAACCGGUCUUCACACCUUAUUCAACGUAAGAUGAUUCAUAAUAGAGAGAAACCCUACACAUGUGAACAGUGUGGCAAAACUUUUAACCAGUCUUCAUACCUUAUUCCACAUAAGAUAAUUCAUAUUAGAGAGAAACCCUACAAGUGUGAUGAGUGUGGCAAAACCUUUAACCGGUCUUCACACCUUACUCAACAUAAGAUAAUUCAUACUGGAGAGAAACCCUACAAAUGUGAAGAAUGUGGUAAACCUUUUAAUCGUUUAUCAAACCUUACUGUACAUAAGAGAAUUCAUGCUCAAGAACCCCAACGAAGUGAAGAAUGUGGCAAAGCUUGUAACCAUUCCUCGAUCCUUAUUAAACAUAAGGGAAUUCAUAGAGAGAAACCGUACAAAUGUGAAGAAUGUGCUGGAUUUAACAAAUCCUCAACAUUUACUAAGUACAAAAGAAUUCAUGAGAACUCAUAUGGAAGAUAAAGCCUAGAAAUAAGAAGAAUGUGACAAAGCCUUUACAAGUUCUCAACACAUAAUUUAUACUAGAAAGAAAUCCUAAAGUGUGAAGAAUGUCACAAAGCCCUUAACAAG